GAUGUGCGUGCGUGUGUGUGCGUGUCAAAAGACGCUGUAGAGGCGUAGAUACGAGAGGAACUGUGAGAAAACUUAACAUUGCGUCUUCAGAAUUGUGUUUCCAGACGUCUAAAUACCACAAUCACUUCGUCGUUUUCAUUCGUGUUCGUUGUAGCUCCUGCAGAAGGCACUGAAGUGAAGUAAUUACAACAUUUACUGUAUAGAAGAAAAUAUUUACGUUACGUCUUGAAAAUUGUCUGUAAAACCGUUAAAUAUCAAAACCACUUCUUCCUUUUGGUUCCCUUCGUGUUCGCUGUAACCCCUGCAGAAGGCGCUGAAGUGAAGACGUAGUUACAAAAAAUGAUGUUGCAGAAGGAGAUAACAGCGUAGUGAAAAAUAGAAACUGUAUUUUGUGGGCGUCCAAAUUUUCAUAACCAGUUCAUUAUUAUCGUUUGUGUUCGUUUUAACUCCCGUAGAAGGCGCUGAAGUGAACGAACGUCGAAUCUCAGUGAAAAUUUAAAUGCCAUGGAAAUAACAAGAGCAAUAGCAAGAGAGAGAAAGAAGAGAUGAAAACGAAAUCAAGAAAAAAGGAUAAAGAUGACGAGAAAUGGAGAUGAAAGGAAGUGAAUAAAAACUGAUGAUAAGUGAAUACAUGAAAAGAAAAGUGAUAAAUAAAGAAAAUAAAAAGAUGACUCACAAACAGACUAACGUGUUUUUAAAAAUAGCUUAAAUUUUAUCCUUCGUACUUCAGAUGUCCCAAGAGGUGAUGAAUAUGCCACGAUCACACAUCACUCAGUACCUCCUGGUGACGGUGGUGAUGGCAGUGGUGGUGAGGGGAGCACAGGACCUGACUCACCCACACACAUACGACUCCUGCGCGAACCCUAACUACGGGGCCGCCUUACACAGCCAGUGGGACAGAAUACCAGCGAACUUCACCGUCAAGAGCAGCUGUCUAAGGGUUGUUAUUGAUGAGUUGUGUAAGAAUAACUUCCCCGACGUGACCCCUGAUGAUAUUGGCAAGGACAAAGACUUCAACCGCGGGAUUCUGAACUGCCAGGGCGCUAACUGCAGUAUUGAGUGUAUUCACCAAACCUACUGCAACAAGAAGCCAGAUAUGGAGAUGCCGACAGAGAGUGUGGCACAGGAGGAGGUGGGGUUCCUGCAGCAGACCUUCAACGCCUUGCCAAAGUGUAACAGGUACCUGAAGGGCCUGAACCAGACAGUCUUCGUGAAGGACGCGGGGUAUUCCUGCUGGGGGAAGUUACAGUGCAUUUGUGGCAUGUGUUGUGAGUCAAACACCCAGAACUGCUUCACUAACAGGAGGCAAACAUUAACACCACGCUUCCACCACUACCACCACCGCCACCCACUCCUCCGCCCCCCUCUGUUCCCUCCUGCACUUCCACCACCUCCACUCGCCCUCAGGAACAAACUGCGGGCUCUUCUCAGGCUUCUUCCGAGGCUUAAUUUGUCUAACACUAAAAGGAUGACAGUAAUGCGGAGAAUGCUGGACCAGACAUACAAAGAUUUACAGGCGCACCUCCGCUCCCAACCCACCUGGGGAAAGUUCCCGAGCAGACCUUCCAUUCCGGGCCACGGGACGAGAGCAAAGCCCAGAGUGGUGGCGUACGCGAGGCCAGGUCGACAGUAAGGGUGGAGACGGUGGGAAUGCAACAGGGAAGUGAAGGAGAUUGGGAGGAGUAUUGCAGAGAGUAUACUAGUGUUGCCCCUGCAGUACACGCGUCACGUUUUCUUUCAAUGCUUUCUCUCUCUCUCUCUCUCUCUCUCUCUCUCUCUCUCUCUCUCUCUCUCUAGAAUGAGUGAAUAAAGUGUUUUGAUUCUCUCUUCAAUCAAACCAGAGAGAGAGAGAGAGAGAGAGAGAGAGAGAGAGUCGUAGUGUCAGUAGCGUACUAGUAACUAAGGCUGUAAUUCCCUUGAGCAAUGCAAUAACUAGCAAAGCAUCCAGAUAUGACUUCUAAUAGCUUGCUUCUCUCCUAUUAUUAUUAUUAUUAUUAUUAUUAUUAUUAUUAUUAUUAUUAUAUUAUUAUUGUUACUGAUCUUGCAUUAACUCACCUUUCUUAUUCCUUCCUAUUCUCUCGUCAAUCUAAACUAGUCUCUCUCUCUCUCUCUCUCUCUCUCUCUCUCUCUCUCUCUCUCUCUCUCUCUCUCUCUCUCUCUCUCUCUCUCUCUCUCUCUUCCUUUUAUCAGUCUAAUUUAUUUGUAUCUCCCUCUCUCCUCACCCGCUUCUAUUCAUCUUGCCCUGUCCUCCCUCCUCCUAUCUCUCUCCGUCCCUCUUUCUUUCCCCAGUCACGCAAGGUCUGUUAAAACUGGUUGUGCUGUGUCAUCUAGUCUAAGUUAACAGUAUACCAGCCACCAGUCACGGGUAGGCUGCUGUGUGACCAAACAUAAACAGACAAUAAGAAUUAAGGUCAGAAGUUCCUCACACUUCGUCCUCUCAUCUCGUUCACUUUCACCGCGAUACGAGACAGUUAGCAGCACCAGAUGGAAUGCGUUAAGUCUUUAUAAGCAUCUACAAAAAAGUUAGCGAUAAAUAAGAAUACAUUUUUGCGAUUUCUUUCCAGUUGAGAGAUCGGAUGUGGCUGCAGGACAAGUAAAGAUGUUUCAAGAGUGAUUGGUAAUUAGGGAAAGGUGUGCGUACCAACUGGCAGUCAAAGGCUUAACUGGGUCUAAUGAAAGGUACCGGGUGUUUUCAAGGGUGUUUUCGUGAUUCUAGUGAUGGUUUAAUAAGUGUUCUACUCUUUUAACAGGGUCUAGUGAAAGUUACUGGUGAUUUCAUUAUUCUAUUUUAACAGGCUCUAGUAGAAGUUUUGUCCUUUCAUGAUUUUAAUGCGUUUAACAAGAAUUCUACACUUUCAACAAGUUUUAAGGGGAGAUAUUGGUUUCUCAAGUGUGUUUUCAUAAUUCUAGUGAUGAUUUAACAAUACUAUAUUUAUAACGGGCUACAGUGGAAAUUAUUGUUGUAUUCAUGAUUCAAUAACAGUUUCACAAGAAUUCUACACUUUUAACAAGCUCUUGGGGGAAGAUAUUGGGUUUUGCAAGGGUGUUUUCAUCAAUCUAGAUAAAUUAACAAGACCAGUGAGAACACAGCUUAUCACCUCCGUGGGAUUUGAAAGUCCUGAUGAGAGAGCGAAGUGUCUGGGGAUACGAAGGCAAGAUUCACUCAACUAACCACCUAGUUUCUCGCGAACUAGACUGUUAAUGAAGUGAAUCUUGCGCCAUAGCGGUAAAGAGGUCAGGAUGUGCCUCAGUUGUGUUGUUAACUGCGUCACUUCUCUGGACCGUAUUUUGAAACACUUUUGUCCGGAUCUCCACUACUUUCAAAAGGCUCUAAUUGAAGUUACACGUGUUUUUAAGGGUGUUUUGAAGAAACUAACAAAUCAACAAGAUUUUUACACUAUUAACUGGGACACUCUUGAGAACCGACUAGUCAUCUCCGUGGCCUUUGAAGAGAGUCGUGGUGAGAGUAAACCGUUUCUAAAUACGGGCUGAAUAAUGCUAACCAACACUUCAACACAAUUUACUUCACAUCCUUUCUCUUUACCUGCCUUAAUUACCUAGCCGUAGUGAAUUCACCUGUAUUUUAAUGAUAAUCACCUUUAAUAGUAAAAAAAAGACAUUUAUAGAUAAGACUAACCACAGUGUUGGAAUAUUUGUGUUUCUAUUUAUCUCUCCUUUGUUUUCAUUUCUUUUCCUGCACAAAGAUUAGUUAGAAGAUAAUGUGAAGAAGGGAAAACGACAAAAAAAAAAAAAUACUGUUCACACUCACGUCAUUCAUUAUCAUGUCUCGUCACGUCCCUCCUGAAGGCCUGAAGUCAUGUUCCUGAAAUUCAUGAAACACAAUCAGAGGAGGAAAUUUUUAACGUUAACCUCCUUUACCGUCCAUCAGUCAACUAACACUGAGCCACUUGUUCCUGCCUCGUGUAUGAAAAGCAGUGAAGACAAAAUGGUACGAAAAGAGAAUAGUGCAAAUAUUAGUAUGGAAUUACUGGAUCUCUUGCUAAGAUAAGUAUUGCAAUUUGAGCUAAUACAAUGAUAAAUGUCUCUUCUUGUAUGAAAAUCAGGAAAGACAAGAUGGUAUGAAAAGAGAACAGUGCAAAAGUAUUGUUAUUCUUCUUUUUUUUCUCUUGCUACUUUGAUAAAUGUUGGAACUCAAGCUAAUAUAAUGAUGCAUAAUUUUCCUUCUCGUAUGAAAAUCAAAGACAAAAUAAUAUGAGAAGUAAACAGUGCAAAAUUAUUACUAAAACAUUGAAUCACUUGUUAAAAUUAUAAAUGUUGGAACUUAAGAUUAUAUAAUGAUAAAUAUCUUUUCUUGUAUAAAAAUCAGGAAAGACAAAAUUACACGAAAAAGUAAACAGUGUAAUACUAUCAAGAAAUAAUUCAAUCUUUUGUUUAUAUGACGAUAAACAUAAGAUUUCUCGUUAUAAUAAUGUUAUGUACUAUAUUUCUUACUGUUAUAACGAAUAAAUACCUUCAGUCCUUAUGAUGCUGGAUUUUAAAAAGUUAUUUGUAGACUGCAGAAUUAAUAUGUUAAGAUGUACUUGCGUUCUCUCUUUCUAUUAUUGGACAGAGAAAACAAUAAUGACAGCAUGGCAAACUGGAGACAGACGAGACGUUGGAAAAUAAAUAAAGAGAUAAGUAAGUGAUGAAAUAGAAAAGGAAAAUAAUAGCUUGAAGAGGAAAUAGAUAAUAAGAAAAGUAAUUGAUGAAAUAGAAAAGGAAAAUAAUAACUUGAAGAGGAAAUAGAUAACAAGAAUUAAUAGUUUAAUAUCGUGUUAUUUUAUUUUCAUGUUAAUUGCCUCUAUAAAUAUAUAUAUAAAAGAAAAAAAAAUUGCAUGAAACACUUUUUUGUCAUUUCUCUCUUUUUUUUAUUUUGUUAUUUUCUUUUUUUCUAUUUUUUUUUUUCUUUUUGUCACUAUUUUUUCAUUUUUUUUCUUUUUUGUCACUUCAUUCUUUUAUUUUUCUUUAUUUUGUGUGCGUGAAUAAUUUGUCUAUUAAAAAUAAUGUCUUUUGUGUAGGAAUAAAUGUGAACAAACCACUGAA